AUGCCCACUGAUGCUGUUCUCCGUGCUCGGGCCUUGGUUCCUGCAGGGAGAGACAAAGAAGAUGUGGUUGUCCCAACCUCGGGGGGAAGGUAUGACGUGCAUCUGAAGGAGAGGCAGCGUGUGGCAGUGUACUGGGAGGAGGAGGUAUCUGAAGUGCGUCGCUGCACCUGGUUUUACAAGGGAGACAAGGACAACAAGUAUAUUCCCUACUCGGAGACCUUCAGUGAAGAACUGGAGGAAGCGUACAUGAUUGCUGUGACCCUGGAUGAGUGGAAGAAGAAGUUGGAGUCCCCCAGCAGGGAAAUCAUUAUCUUGCACAACCCAAAGCUGAUGGUGCACUACCACCCGGUCGCCACCUCCGAUGACUGGGGCUCAACUCCUACGGAACAAGGUCGACCUCGGACUGUGAAGAGAGGAGUAGAAAACAUCGCUGCCGAGAUCCCCAGUGGGGAGCCUCUGCAAAUUGAUCACUUGGUUUUCGUGGUGCACGGGAUCGGCCCGGCAUGCGACAUUCGGUUCAGGAGCAUCGUCCAGUGUGUGAAUGACUUCAGGAACGUUUCCCUGAGCAUGCUGCAAGCGCACUUCAAGAGAGCUCAGGAGGAGCAGCGGAUCGGCCGGGUGGAGUUCCUGCCUGUGAACUGGCACAGCUCCCUCCACUCCACCGGGGUGGACGUUGACCUGGAGCGAAUCACUUUGCCGAGCAUCAAUCGCCUGCGUCACUUCAUCAACGACACAAUCCUGGACGUUUUCUUCUACAACAGCUCCACCUAUUGCCAGACCAUCGUGGACACGGUGGCGUCCGAAAUGAACCGCCUCUACCAGCUCUUCCUGCAGAGGAACCCGCUCUUCAAAGGGGGGGUCUCCAUUGCGGGGCACAGCUUGGGGUCACUGAUUUUGUUUGAUCUCCUGACGAACCAGAAGGCUGCUCCCGAGGAGGACGAGCACAGUGAAGAGGGGUCCAGGACAACCUCAAGCAACAGGGGCAUCGAGGAAGUAAAAGAUAUCCUGAAGAAGCUGGAGCUGUCCGAAUAUUGUGAUGUUUUUGAGAAGGAGAAAAUGGACAGGCAAGCACUGUUCUUGUGCACAGAGAAGAACCUUAAAGAAAUGGGAAUUCCCUUAGGACCGAGAAUGAAGAUACUUCAUUACAUCAGCUCCAAGACGGAGAUGCAGGACCAGAGCGCAGCAGCUCCCGGGCACAGCGGGGAGCGCGGAGCAGAGCCUGGGUCCCCGCCGCAGCGUGACCUGGACAGCACAGACGAUGGCGGGAAUUGCCAAUACCGGGACGUUGGCUUAGGACAGGUUUCAGCAAACUAUCCUCAGCUAAACUACAAGCCCACCAUCUUCUUUGCCUUUGGGUCUCCCAUUGGGAUGUUUCUCACGGUGCGAGGAGUGAAGCGGAUCAACCCAAACUACAGCCUGCCCACCUGCAAGGGCUUCUUCAACAUCUUCCACCCCUUUGACCCGGUGGCAUACCGGAUUGAGCCCAUGAUCGUCCCAGACGUGGAGUUUGAGCCCAUGCUGCUGCCUCACCACAAGGGCAGGAAGAGAAUGCACCUAGAGACAAAGGCAGAAGAGCCCCCCGCAGCAGUGAAGGAAGAGGUCUCUCUCAUUAAUGUGGGGAGGCUGAACGGAGGGAAUCGCAUAGACUACGUGCUGCAGGAGAAGCCAAUAGAGAGCUUUAACGAGUAUUUAUUUGCACUACAGGGGCAUCUCUGCUAUUGGGAGUCAGAAGACACCGUCCUGCUGGUUCUGAAGGAGAUCUACCAGACACAAGGCAUUACGCUGGAUCAGCCUUUGCCAGGGAGCCAGUGA